AUGCGCGUUUCUGCUGUAACUGUGGCUCUUUGUGCCAGUGCCGCGAUGGCCGCUCCAACAGAGACUCCCGACCUAUCCAAUAUUCUCCAAGCCUUCAAUACCUCCAAGAUCGCGCAGGAUGCUGGACCAGUACUCGAAUCCCUCCUAGUCACAGGCAACUGCAACAUUCCCGCUUGCUUCCAGCAACUCAUCCCAGCUGUCAAGAACUGUAAUGCUGCUAUCGUUGGUGGGGGUUCAGACAUUGCCUCUGACCUUCAGUGUGUGAGCAGUGUCGUUGAGGAUUUAGUGCCGAAUCAGUCCAAUGACUGUGCUGUCUGUGUUGGUGAUGCUAUCUCCUCCAUUCGAUCCCAGCUGGAGAAUGGGUCUCAGUCCCAUUGA